AUGGAAUCCGCUGAAUCCAGGACGAGUCAAAACGGGUCAGUUUAUCAUAUCGGUCAAGGUACUCGACUAAACAGCAUUCAGACUAACGGAGAAGCCAGAAAUCGUCGGGAAACUCAAGCAGGCAGCGGAUCUGAUGACGAUGCUAUGCUAGAUAUCGUCAUGGACGGUAGAGAUGAUCAGGGAUUACAUGAGGAAAUAGGAAACAGCCAGUCUAAUCUGACAGACACUUUAGAUGAACUGCCAGUUGGAAGUGGACAUUAUGAGGAUUUCCAUACAAUUGACUGGCUGCGAGAUAUUGCCAGAGAUCGCAUGCGACAUCGUCAUAUUGUUAAAAAACGACAAGAUGGAUGUUUUAACAAAGUUAAGAGUGCCCAUGAUGCAUGGUCUGGUUGGGUAUGUGUUUUAUUUGUGGGCGUCGCUGCAGGCGUUUGUGCCGGUAUUAUUGACAUUGGUACCUCAUGGAUGUCGGAUUUAAAAGAAGGGAUAUGUUUAGAAGCCUUUUGGUUGAACAGGGAACAAUGUUGCUGGUCUGGAAAUGCCACAACUUUUGAUGAAGAUGGUGGUUGUAAUCAGUGGUACUCGUGGGCCAAGCUGUUCGGGGUACAAUCAUCUGAAGGUGGAGCUUACAUAGUGAAAUACCUACUCUAUAUUGUUUGGGCUUUGAUUUUCGGCUCCAUUGCUGCACUCUUUGUCCGUGUGUUUGCUCCAUAUGCCUGUGGUUCUGGUAUCCCUGAAAUUAAAACUAUAUUAAGUGGCUUCAUCAUUCGAGGCUACCUCGGAAAAUGGACACUCUUGGUGAAAUCUGUUGGCAUGAUGCUUGCUGUUGCUGCUGGACUUAGUCUUGGUAAAGAAGGUCCAUUUGUACAUGUUGCUUGCUGUUGUGGAAACAUAUUCUCUUAUCUGUUUCCCAAAUAUGGAAGGAAUGAAGCUAAAAAGCGUGAAAUAUUAUCAGCUGCCUCUGCUGCCGGUGUGAGUGUGGCGUUUGGAGCACCAAUUGGAGGAGUUCUUUUCAGUUUGGAGGAAGUGAGUUAUUAUUUCCCUUUGAAGACACUGUGGAGAUCCUUCUUCUGUGCUCUUAUGGCAGCGUUUGUGCUGCGUUCCAUCAAUCCUUUUGGAAAUGAUCAUCUUGUAAUGUUUUAUAUAGACUAUAAUGAACCGUGGUACAUUCAGGAACUGAUUCCGUUUAUAUUCCUGGGACUUCUUGGAGGACUUUAUGGAAGCUUCUUCAUCAAAUUCAACAUUAAAUGGUGCAAAUACAGGAAGACCAGUUCUCUGGGAAAAUACCCCAUUAUUGAAGUGCUGAUCGUUGUGUUCAUCACUGCUCUAUUGAGUUUUCCCAAUGAUUACACACGAAUGAAUGGUAGCGAACUCAUCCGAUUAUUGGUACAAAGAUGUGGCCCAGAGGACAAUACAGACCUUUGUGAUUACAAACGCAAUUUCACUAAUCCCUAUCCCUAUACAGAAAGCGUUACCAUUGGUGACGGAGUCAAAAGAGCACUUUGGAAAUUGAUGCUUGCUUUGCUCUUCAAAGCUCUUAUUACUAUUUUCACCUUUGGUAUUAAAGUACCGUGUGGACUUUUCAUUCCUAGCAUGACCGUCGGCGCCAUAAUGGGGCGUAUGGUUGGAAUCGGUGUGGAACAAUUGGUAGUUCUGUACCCAAACUCUCCAUUAUUUUCCAACAUGUGUCAAUCUCAACAGACUUGCACGGUAACUCCAGGAAUUUACGCGAUGGUUGGCGCCGCUGCAGCUCUUGGAGGAGUCACCAGAAUGACUGUGUCCUUAGUUGUCAUAAUGUUCGAACUGACCGGAGGAAUUCAAUUUAUUGUGCCCAUGAUGGUGGCUGCCAUGACCAGCAAAUGGAUCGGUGAUGCGUUAGGUCGUGAGGGAAUUUAUGAUGCUCAUAUUGGUUUGAAUGGUUAUCCUUAUUUGGACAGUAAAGAGGAAUUCACUCAUACAACUAUAGCAGCUGAUGUCAUGCGACCGAGAUGUUGGCGCUACGGGUUAGAAGUUCGCAAUGAUCCUCCGCUGAGUGUGCUAACGCAAGAUUCCAUGACAAUAGACGAAAUAGAAAGCAUAUUAAAAUCGACAGAGCAUAAUGGUUUUCCCGUGGUUGUUUCUCCAGAAUCUCAAUAUUUGGUUGGUUUUGUGUUACGUAGAGACUUGAACUUAGCAAUCACCAAUGCGUUAAAAAACCAAGAGGGAAUAGUGAGCAAUUCUCUGGUAGUAUUUAUAAAUCAAAGUACCCCCAAUUUAAACGGCCCCCAAAGUCUCAAGUUGAGGAAAAUUUUAGAUCUAGCCCCCAUUACUAUCACUGACCACACUCCCAUGGAAACAGUGGUGGAAAUGUUCCGAAAGUUAGGUCUUCGUCAAACCCUUGUUACUCAUAAUGGACGCUUGCUAGGCAUCAUCACCAAAAAAGAUGUUUUACGCCAUGUAGCUCAUAUUCAGAAUCAAGACCCAGAUAAUAUUCUCUUUAAUUAG